UUGUAAAAACGCUUGAGGACAAGCUAAGAUGCAAGGCAAGACCUGUUCAAUACUGCUAUGCGCUUUGAUUUUCUUGUGGAGCACACAGGUGAUUUAUGGGUAUACGGGACCUUAUAUCCACGGCAACAACCAGGGGAAAAGGAAGAGAGGUGAUAUCAUGCAAAAGGUACAGUGACACUGAAAAGACUAUUGGUCAGGGUUGUAUCUAGGAUUUAUCCUUUGGGGGAGAAGUUCCGAGUUGCCUGACUUCCUAAGGGGGUCCGGGGGCAUUACCGGGAAAUUUUUUGAAAGGAAUAUGAGAGGGGGGCGUAAGGGGGGUACGAAUAUCGCAAAACCGCACAGAAUUACGAAUAAAAACCGCACAGAAUAACAUAGGAAAACCGCAAACCGCAUUAAUUUUUAAAUACCGCAAACCGCUUGGUUUUGUAAAAUCGUAAUACCGCAACUUAUUAACAUAAAUAUUUCCGCAAAACCGCACCAAAAAUCGAACAAAACCGCAUCACCGCAAGCCCUUAGUCUGGUCAGUGCAAUUUUUCAUAAUUUAUAGAGAUUUUUGUGGAGACGCCAGCCGGUUGGUGUCUAUCCGUAUGGGCACCUGAACAUGGCGGCCGGAACCAACAGAAACAUCUGUCACUGAGUUUUGCUAUGAAAGUGUGAAUUCACCUAUAUCGAAGAACAUUAAAGUAACAAUUUUUCUGGUACAAGAACUGUUCCGAUAGCAAAAUCACCCAAAGGAAGUCACUUUUGUAACCUAUGUGACAGCUCUUUUGGCUGCCAUGUAAACGCCGCGUCACGCAAAAGUUUCGAAAUUUCAAGCGUACUAGAUCACGAGAAAAAAAGAACCCUUUCGAAGUGAAUAUUGGUAUAAAUAUUAGUUGUUAGCUGCUCUAAUACUUCAAGAAAGUAAAGAUUCAACAGGAUCGACAGUUCCGUUAGUUUGAAUUUUGGUGACGUCAUGUAAAAAUUUGUUUUCAUUUUCGUAUAAAAACUGGACCUUAAUUCAAAAUGAAGAGAAAUAUAUUUAACUCAGGAAAAAAAGGUUUGGUGGUUUUUGCCUCCAAGGGCCUUCAAAAGUUUUAAUUACCUCAACUCGGGCAGGGCAGACCCACCUUAAAAAGACUAAUAUAUAGAUUUAGCCAGGGCUAAAAGCGAGGCUCCCAUUAAUAUAAUUAAAAUAUAAAUAAAACAAUAAACUUGUAUUCCACAAUUCAGUUAACUUUAGAGUACAUAGCACUUUCAUGUGACUUUUGAGGGAAAGGCUAAGUGAUUUUAGAGAAAAAUAAUUUGCAAACAGCUUAAGAGUGAACAAAAUGUUACAUCAAGUUGAUAGCCUCAUAUGUACACCCAAAAAAUAGCAAUCAUCUUCGAUCACAUUUAGGAGCCAUAAUGGCUCUUGAUUACCGUAAGAUUAAUUAGGCCUGGACAAAUUCAGGCCGAAUUUUUUUGCGUUCGACAAGUUUACUUCACAAAAUCUUGCCAACAAAUCCGGGUUCGUGUAAACCAACCUUUUAUACCAUUUAUACAUCACAUUAGAGGUGAAACAGUACUAUGAGGUACUGUUUUUAUCAUACAGACCUCGGACAGAAUGCAGUAUUUCACGAUUCUGCAACACAAAUUGCACUCAUUCAAUAUUCAGGACGAUCGAGGCACGCGUGGGCUUUUUAAACCGUUAAAAAAAUUUCCAAAAUCAUAUACAGUACGGCCAGCCGGUUCUCACUUUUGCAGUGCGAACUGUAGCGAGUGUUUGAACGAACAUACUAGAGUUAAGCUACAACAUAAUAAAGAAAUUAUUAUGUUUAUUCUCUAUUUUCCAAUUCCCCAUAAUACACUCUGUUUGCCCCCCAAAUUUUGCACAAACCAUUGUUUUUAAAUGCUCCUGGGAGUAUUGCAUUUUCCCAAGAGCAUUUUAAGACAAUAAGUUAUGCAAAAUUUGGGGGGCAGACAGAGUGUAUUAUGGGGAAUUGGAAAAUAGUCAAUUCAGUUUUAUUAAAUGGUCUUAUCGAUGUGUAAUCUUUAAAAGCGCCGGUUUGAUACCCGCGGCACUGUGAGUACUCCUGCAAGCGAUGUUCACUGAACAACUGAAAACAAACGGCACGGCGAUUAAAAUUGUACGAGAGACUACCAACAAUCAAUAAAAGAAAUAUAAUUCGGUGAAACAUAUACAGAGACAACAUUUUUCAUUGACGAAGACAAGUAUUAAAGUGUCUCUAAAAAUCCUGAGUCUUCAAGCUUAAAGCUUAAGUUUAUGUUUUAAGCCGGCUUCCCGGUAUUUACUUUUUUCAAAGAUGAACUCGAGGCAAGAAAAUCGCUCAAAGCUUUCUUUUACAGCCAGAAUUAUAACUAAAUGUUUUUUUGGAACGUUUUCUUUCUAUUUGCGGUGAGAAAAUGUCGCUUUUUUAAGUUCUGUAAGCUUAUAUCAAACCUGAUUCUUGGUCAUAUCAAAUUGUCUCAAAUCUUACAAACGUGCAUAAACUACAUAGCCGCAUAAACUGCGCUCGACUUCAUUAAUUAGAUAUAAAAAGCAAACAUCAAACACAAUAAUUACUGAGGCUUACCAUUCGAGAUGCAGCUCCUAAAAGGUAUCAAGGAAGGCCAGUAUCGCUUCAGACUUUUCAACCCUUACGCAUCAAGCAAGGUGAAAAGCGAAAUCGAUGCCAUCCGAAAUCGGAUUUCCGACUUUGACAAGUAAUGUAUUAAUUUCUCAACCAAAAACCAACUAGCCAUGAAUAACAGAAGACUCCUGAUGGCAGCUGAAUUUCAUUUUGUGCAUCCAGUGGAAAAAGACAGUUAAAAACAUCACAAGUUGACACAAACUCUGUCAGCUUCAGCUGUCAAAGUAAAAAAGAUUCAAGAUGCUGCAUAAAUUUUCUGCAUGAGCUCACCUGUCAAAUUUUGACCAAUCAGAGCGUCAAAAUUGGACGUACAGCGUGACCAACGCGUGACCAUGUUGAGCAAAAUCAAAAGCAACUGCCUUCCCCGUCUGUAAUAGCUGGCUGAAUUUUCGCGUCUGAGGUCAGUUUUAAAUCAAAAUUUUAAUUGUGCGGCACAAAAACAAAACAUAUUUCAUAUGAAUUAAAAAACAAUCAAACUUGAGCCUGCGAUCAUUUGAAAACUAGUAACUUGUCAGCGGAUAACUUCAAAAAAAUACUCGACCUCGAUUGGUGAGACACCUGAGCCCGCGAUACAGUCAAGUGAUACUGGUCAGCGGAUACCCUGUUUUGACAGCUCUCAAUUGAUCACAACAUUGAUGUCCAAUGGAUGUGUGCAUUAUCAGUUUUCCUGUGCUCUCAAAUUAGCUAGAAAGUAUAAGAUUGAACAUUGAUUGCGAGCUAGUAAAACAACUGGUCAGCGGACAGCUUCCAAAUAAAUCACGUCACCUUGAUGAGUUGACACAUGAGCCCCCGAUAUGGUAAUGUGAUACUGGUCAGUGGCUUUCCUGUUUUGACAGCUGUCAAUUGACCAUAUUGUGAAUGGCCAAUAUAAAAGAUAUGGGUUUGCCAAGACACACCUGAGACACCCCUCCCUUCCUUUUGAUAGUCUCCCCUACCCUACCCGUACAAUCUGUAGACGCGUACGUACGCUCGGUCAGUCACGUGACAACCAAAAGAGGUUGACCAUAUUCUAUGAGUAUGGGGCUCUGUCCCACGCGCGCUUCGCGCGCGAGGAAGCCCCGCUAAUAUACGGUUAAAAACAAACAAACAAACAAAAGAACAACAAAUCACACUAAACGGAAGAGAAAACCAGCAGCAAAUGCAACUUUUGUUUUACUACACUGAAUCAUUAUAUUAUACUUGAACAUUAUACGUUUGUCUAUUUAAAAACAGAAAGAUGUUAAGGGUACAAUCACUUGAAAAUGUCAUCUUUUUUUCGAACGUCUUUUUUCAAAACUUAAAAUCCGUCGAGUGCUUAAUUUAGUAUCAUUAUCAUUAUCAUAAUCAUAAUAUCUACACCUCGCCAUUCCUUGACGAACCAUCGAGUUACUUCGAUUUAAUCCCUCUUGGGCUUCCCCUACACUGUACUUUGGGUAGCUUGCCUAUCAUGGGAAAUAAUUUAUUCCUUAACCGAGGGUUGAUUCAUUUGCAACAUACGCGUAUAGCUGUCGAAUUUUCCCCCUGGAAUUUUUUUAUUGUUUUUAGGCCUAAAAACACGGGUAUGUUGCAAAUGAAUCCACCCAGAGUUUGACGUUAUAAAUCUUAAAGUGAUUUUUAUAAAAUGAUACAUUUAUUAACUAAUUAUUGCUUUGGCUAUUUUUCAGGACAAGAUUCUUAACGGGGUUUUACUGGUUUGUGAAGCGGCAAGAAUUAUGGGCUGUGAAAAUCUCAGACCGGAAGAAACCAUGAGAGAAGAGCGUUAACUUUGCUUUUUUAUUCUAUUUUCCCGAAUAAUUCAAAACUGCA